AUGACAAAUUCCAGUCACGAUGAUGUUGUUAAAUUCUUUAUAGAAGAAAAAUGGACUGUCAAUCGUGUAAAUAGUAAGAAUGAAACUCCAAUUUAUUUAGCCAGUAAAUGUGGUCAUUUAAAUGUCGAAAAGUAUUUAUUGAAACAACGAGGUUAUAAUUGUUUGGAAAUAGCCAUAACACAAGGACAUAAAACAAUUGUUGAAGAAUAUUUAUUGAAUAAACAACAUAAAGAUGAAGAUCUAUGGACUAAGCUAAUAAAAAAUGCACAAUUAGAAGAAAUAAAUAGUGAACGAACAUGGCAAGAACGUUUAUUUCCAAAACUCAGUGAGAAUUUCGAAGAUGAUUAUACACCAAUGAGAAAAUUAAUUAAAUAUAUGCCAGAUGUUGCUGAUGACUUCAUGAGUAAAAGGUUAACAGAACACAAAGAUAAUGGUAAAAGCUCAGACGCAACGGUCAAUUUUUUGAAGAUCAGCUUUCAGUUCUUGAAUGGGCUAACGACUUCGAUCGAUCAUUUAGCGAUGAAACGUCAACAAUCCAAUGACGAGCAACAAGCAGCAACUGCGAUGGAUGUCAAAAACCCUAAACGAAGCUGA